AUGGACCGCAGAGCGCCUCCAGCUGCGCCGGAGCUGCCCGAGCGGCUGCCGGCCGAGAAGAAGCACCUGCUGAGCAGCCUGGCAGCGGCGCACACCUUGGCCCGAGUCCUGAGGCCCUGCUACGGGCCCCAGGGGCGGCAGAAGCUCCUGGUCACCGCCAAAGGCGACACUGUGCUCACGGGGCACGCCGCGGCCAUCCUACGGGCGCUGGAGCUGGAGCACCCGGCCGCCCGGCUGCUACGGGAGGCGGCGCAGGGCCAGGCGGAGCAGAGCGGCGACGGCGCGGCCUUCGUGGUCCUCCUGGCCCAGGCGCAGCUGGCGCAGGCCGAGCGCCUGCUGCGGGCCGGCCUGCCGCGCGCCCAGCUCCGCGAGGCCUACGCAGCGGUGGCCGCGGAGACGCUGGCCCUGCUGCCGUCGCUAGCCGUCCGCGCGCUGGGGCCUCUGGAGGACCCGGUCUGGGCCCUGCGCUCGGUCAUGAACACGCACGCGCUCUGGCACACCGACCACCUGGCCGGGCUGGUGGCGCAUGCGUGCUGGGCCACGCGGGAGCUGGACGGCGGCUUCCGGCCGGAGCGCGUGGGCGUGUGCGCGCUGCCAGGUGCGCGGCAGGAGGACUCGUGCCUGCUGCCUGGCCUGGCCCUGCCGGGCAAGCCCUGCGGCCAGGUGACCAUGGUGCUGAGCGGCGCCCGCGUGGCCCUUUUGGCCUGCGACUUCGGGCCCGCCCGCUCCCUUGCGCCGGCCACCGCCCGGCUCUCCAGCCCCGAUGACCUGAUCCGGUUCCGGAAAGGCAGCGAGAGUCUGAUAGAAAAGCAGGUGGCCCAGCUGGCCGCUGUGGCUAACGUGGUGGUGGUCUCGGGGGACAUCGACGAGAAGACCCUCACGCACGCGGACAAGUACGGCCUCAUGGUGAUCCAGGUCGCGUCCCGGCGGGAGAUGGUUUAUCUGAGCGAGGUGCUGCGCACCCCUCUGACGCCUUACCUCCUUCCUCCGCUGGAACCAGGGAAGUGUCAGAGGGUGUAUGGGCAGGAGCUGGGAGAAGCUUUGGCCGUGGUGUUUGAGUGGGAGAGUUCAGGCACCCCUGCCCUCACCUUGGUCCUCAGGGGGGCCACCGCCCAUGGGCUGCGGGAGGCCGAGCAGGCCGUCUAUGGCGGCAUUGACGCCUACUUCCAGCUGUGCCAGGACCCCAGACUGCUCCCCGGAGCUGGGGCCACAGAGAUGGCCCUGGCGAAGAUGCUCUCGGAGAAAGGAACCAAACUGGAAGGGCCUAACGGCCCCACCUUCCUGGCGUUCGCCCAGGCCCUGCAGUCUCUUCCCGAAACCUUGGCAGAGAACGCGGGCUUAGCCGUCCCCGACGUGAUGGCAGAAAUGAACGGAGCUCACCAGGCUGGAAACUUCCUCAUAGGAGUAGGGGUCGAGGGGAUAAUAAACGUGGCCCAGGAAGAAGUGUGGGACACCCUCAUAGCCAAAGCCCAAGGACUUCGAGCUGUGGCUGACGUGGUUCAGCAGCUUCUGACGGUUGAUGAUGUUGUCGUGGCCAAGAAAAGUCCCGAAUCUCCGCAGGACACGAAUCCUGAACCCAAGAAGAGGCGCGCCCGUCCCCUGUGAAAAAAAGGAAGCCCUUGGAACAAAUAAGUGGCAACAUCCUCAAUAAAGUGGGGUCGCUAAGAAGGGCACUGCCACCCCCAAAAAUGAAUGCUUGCCUUGUGUUGCCUCCAA